CUGAAACCAACAAACAGCCAUCGGUUAGCAAACGUAGCCCUCCGGUUUUAAAGACGAAAACAUGGUGUCUGCUGCGGUGCUCUUUCUUUUAACUGCCGGUUCUGUCUGUGGAGAAGCUGCAGCAGAAAGGAAACUAGUAUAUGUGACUGUGUUGUUUCGGCAUGGUGACAGGUCUCCAGUCAAAGCCUACCCUACCGACCCACACCAAGAGAGCAACUGGCCACAAGGGUUUGGACAGCUAUCACAGAUGGGGAUGCAGGAGCAGUUUGGUCUGGGCCAGUUUCUGAGGAAACGAUACAAAGGAUUCCUUAAAGAUUCCUAUGACAGACACGAGAUCUACGUUCGCAGCACAGACCAGGAUCGCACCCUGAUGAGCGCCGAGGCCAACCUUGCAGGUCUCUACCCGCCCAGUGGUCACCAGGUCUUUGAAGAAAACUUGACGUGGCAGCCAAUACCUGUACACACAGUGUCACAAAGUGAAGAGAGGCUACUCUCUUUUCCUUUGGGUGACUGUCCUCGCUACGAACAGCUGAUGAACGAAACUAAACGCACGAAGGAAUUUAUUAAUGUCACCAAUACAUACCAGGACAUUAUAGAGCUGGUGAAGAAAAAAACCGGACUGAAUGAGAUUAAUGUGGAAUCAGUCUGGAUCGUGUACGACACACUCUUCUGUGAAUCCCGUCACAACAUGUCCACUCCUGACUGGGUGACUCCUGAUGUCAUGGAGAAGCUCAGAGUGCUCAACGACUUUAGUAUUCAGGUUAAAUUUGGGGUCUACAAACAACAAGAGAAGAGCCGGCUGCAGGGAGGUAUCCUACUGGGUGAAAUAGUAAAGAAUCUUUCCAAGAUGGCCGUCCCAGACCCGAAACAGAGACUGAAAAUGAUGAUGCUGUCAGCGCAUGACACCACUGUAGUUGCUCUUCAGGCCAGCUUGAAUGUGUUCAAUGGAAUAGAGCCGCCAUUUUCCUCCUGUCAAAUAUUUGAGCUGUACAGGAACAACAACGGCUCUGUUUCAGUGUCGAUGUUCUACCGGAAUGACAGCGCAGUGGAGCCGUACCCUCUGCAGUUACCAGGCUGCCCCCUUGACUGCCCCCUAGAUGAGUUUGUGAGAAUUACAAAGUUCUCUAUUUCAGAAGACAGGGACAAAGAGUGUCAAGUGCAUUCUGAAAGGAGAGAUAAAGAGUCUCACUCACAACUAGAUGUGUGCGGUAUAACUCCGCUCAACACCAGGAUUGUUGGAGGAGAGAACGCCCCUCCGGGUAACUGGCCCUGGCAAGCCAGCCUGCAAUCAUUUGGGAGCCACUUCUGUGGAGGAUCCCUCAUUAACAGUCAAUGGGUGCUGACUGCUGCUCACUGCUUCUUAACAAACCGAACCAGUCUGACUGUGUCUCUGGGUCUCCAGAGUCUACAGGGACCCAACCACAAUGGGGUGUCUCGGACGGUAACAAAAGUCAUCAGCAAUCCUAACUAUAACUUCAAAACUAAUGACAACGACAUCUGCCUCCUGAAGCUCUCCUCACCAGUGACUUUCACAAAUUUAAUUGUCCCUGUCUGCCUGGCAGCUUCAGACAGCACCUUCUUCAGCGGCGUUAGCGCCUGGGUGACCGGCUGGGGCGACACUGCAUACAGAGUUUCCCUUCCUUUCCCAGGAAACCUAAUGGAGGUGAAUGUGCCAAUCGUGGGGAACAGAAAGUGUAACUGUGACUAUGGUGUGUUCCCAAUCACAAACAACAUGAUCUGCGCUGGGUUAAGUGCUGGAGGGAAGGACUCCUGUGAGGGGGAUUCAGGUGGCCCGCUGGUGAGCAAGCAGGGCAGCCGCUGGAUCCAGGAGGGAAUCGUAAGUUUUGGAAAUGGUUGUGCCAAGCCUAAUUUCCCAGGAGUCUACACCAGAGUGUCCCAAUAUCAGUCCUGGAUCAGCAGCCAGAUCACCAGCAGCCAGCCGGGCUUUGUCACCUUCACCUCCCCUGGAACUGACAGUGACCUCAACAUCUGCUGUGCUGGCCUGCAGCCCUCAUUGCCUCCAAAUGGACCUCCUGUCACAAUGGAACUGAACCAACCAAGUCCCAAAGAAAUCUUUAGCAUUAACCAGGCAAAGUUGAAGUGUAUCAUUACUGGACAGGACCCGAAUAUUGUAAAUCAAAUUCAAAUCACUUGGCAAAUCAAUGGAUCCCCUGUGACCAACACCAUCCCAACAACACAGUCGGGAGUCAGCACAAUGACUCUUACCCUCACUGAGUGGUACAAAGUCAACAACGUGCGCUGUUCUGCCAGGAAAGACGAUAUGACACUAGCUAGUCAGGUUCUGACUUUCCGCAAAGGAGAUGGGAGCGAGCCAAAAGUAACAGUCCACAUCCUCCCAGAUGAGGACAUCACCGAUGAGGUCACUCUGGUGUGUCUGGUCUCCAGUCGGGUGCAGCGGGAUUACUACAUCACCUGGUCAGAACAAAAAACAAACCCCCCCAUCUAUACUGAUGGCAUUGACUUCCCCCCAGUGAAGACCAAACAAGGAUACUCAGUUGCAAGUAUUUACACCACCACCAAAGAGAAGUGGAACAAGUUGACCAUGUUCUCCUGCCACGCAUUUCCUGGUAGUGGCGAAAACCAUACUAUAUCCAGAGAUGUGUCUAGUGGCCUAGGUAAAUCCCAUGAAUGUGAUAAUUAGUAGAUUCAGCUUUAAAUGUGGCAGUUAGUGCUAAUGUGUUGUUCUGUCUCUGUGUGUACUCUCUGCCAUGAGAACCUGUCUUUGUGAUUGUAAAACGGUCAAUUUACUAUUGUUUGUCAUAUUGUGUUUCAAUCUGUCUACGUCACAUUGUCUAACGGCUUGAGAAGUGUGCUGACUGUUUCAAAUAAAUGUUGCAUGGAGACACUUUU